AUGGGCAGCUUCAAUACCACUUUGGAAGGUGGCUUCAUUUUGAUGGGCUUUUCAGAUUGGCCUCAGUUGGAACAUGUCUUUUUUAUCUUUAUUUCAAUUUUCUACUUCCUUACCAUCUUUGGCAACUCCACCAUCAUCACAGUCUCACAAAUGGAUUGUCGACCAAAGCCAAUGUACUUCUUCCUCAAUAACCUCUCUUUCCUGGACCUCUGCUACACCACCAGCACUGUGCCUCAACUUCUUGUCAAUAUUUCUGGAAAUGACAAGACCAUAAGCUAUGCUGGGUGUAUGACCCAGUUCUUCACAGUGCUCUUGCUGGGUGGAACUGAGUGUGUGCUCCUUGUGGUGAUGGCUUUUGACCGUUAUACUGCUGUGUGCCGUCCACUACACUACACUAGCAUUAUGCACCCCUUUCUCUGCCAGGCAUUGGCCAUCUCCUCCUGGGUGGGAGGUCUUGUGAACUCCCUGACUCAGACCGUCCUCAUCAUGACCAUACCUCUCUGUGGCCGUCACCUGAACCACUUCUUCUGUGAUAUGCUUGCUCUCCUGAAGCUGGCUUGUGAGGACACAGAGAUGAUAGAAGACAACCUGUUUGUGGCUGGAGCCAUGAUUUUGGUCUGUCCUGUAGCACUAAUUCUAGGGACAUAUGUACAUAUUACUCAUGCAGUGAUGAAGAUCAAGUCAAUGGCUGGGCGCAGGAAGGCUCUGGGGACAUGUGGGUCCCACCUCAUGGUGGUUUUCCUUUUUUAUGGCUCAGCCAUGUAUACUUAUCUCCAACCUGUCCAGGAGUAUUCUGAGAGUGAAGGGAAGUUUGUUGCCCUCUUUUAUACUAUAGUUACUCCUAUGUUGAACCCUCUGAUUUAUACCCUGAGAAAUAAGGAUGUGAAGGGGGCUCUAUGCAAGGUACUAGGGAGAGGCACAGACACAUGGUAG